AUGCGGAUUCCCUCUAGAAUAGCUAGUCAGAAUCUUGCGAGAAUAAUAUAUACCAAUAGUGUGUCAACAUUAAGAACAAUCCCUCGAACCAAUUCUUUAUUGCCCAUCGUAUAUCCAACAAGAAAUAUAUCAUCAUUCACGAAGAAAAUAAAGAAAGCUUUAUUUGUAGAUGAAUCUAUCAAGAAAGAAAAUCCUGUUGUGAAUCGAUGUUACAACGAAAUCAAAGAAUAUGUUGAUAAUGAACUGAUGGAUCCAAAUCUAAAAGCGGAAAUGAUACAACAAAAUAUUGCAUCAUUAUUACAUGAAAAUAUGACUAGGAAUGAAUUUUUCAAAGUUCUUGAUUUGGCAAUCCUUCAUCUUCAAGAGCUAUCUAGAAAUAAUGAUAUAGAAUUGUUACCGUUGGAAUCUUCAACCAUAUUAUUUGAAAAAGUAUCAGAUAUGAUUCUAUCUGAACAAGAACAAGGUAGAAAACCUCAUCUUCCAACCUUUAUUCGUAUUGUAAUUAGUCACUUACUCAAAAAUGUAAAUAAUUUGCCACAUUCCACCUUGCUUGCUUUAGUUGAUUUAGGAUCUCAAUUAGAAAGUUUCAAAUUAGCCUUACAAAGUUUGGUGUUUGCCAAGGGUGAACAACUUCCAGAAAACUUCUCCACUUUACUAGUUGAAUAUUUUAAACGGAAAGGAAGGCUCUCCUUGGAAGUAUUUGAGGAACUUGUCUUGCUCCUGGAACAUGAACCAAAACUAGUUGAUGAGGGAAUAAUUUCCAGUUUGAAGCUGUAUAUCGAAACUUUAUAUGAAGAUGCAGCUCCAGAGACACAUUGCUAUAUUGAUUUAGAACGUAAUAUCGAUAGAGUGCACAUGCUAGUCACUAACUUAACCGAACAACUUUCAUUGGAGAAAAUCUCCAUGAAGGCAGUCUUGAUGUUAUUUAGGUUGAAUUAUGAAUUACUAGCAAUCAACAACCACCAAGAAUCUGAAAAACAACUUAACAGAAUAUUAGAUUAUUUAGUUGAUCCACCUACAGACCAGAAAUUUUCAGAUGUCAACGACAUAAUAUUUGAACAGAACUUGGAUGAUGAAGCAUUAGCAGAGGCUCUCUUGGUAUCAGCUUGGUCUUCUUUGAAGUAUCAUAGUUUGGCUCAAUCUAUAACGCUCUUUAUUCUCGGUGAUCUGAUCAAGUUUUCUCCUGAAUUACGUCUUCAAGCAUGUGCAUAUCCAAAAAUUCACGAAGAUCUAACUGAAGUUCAAGCAUUUGAAACUAUGACUGAAAUUAUGGAUACUUUCGAAAAUGAUAUACUGGAUAGAUCUCAUUGUUUUGAUAGAAUAAUACAAGCAGCUCUGACUUCGCCAAGCAUCGAACCCAAUGGGAAAUUUGUUGAAUUACUAACUGGCUAUUUUGCUGAAGAAUAUUUGAUUGAACCUUCCAGAAAGUCCUUCAAAUAUCGAAUCGACAGAGCAUUACAACAAAAUGAAGUUAGCGCGGCCGUGGAUAUUUAUUCUGCAAGUAUUGAAAAUGGAAAUACAUGGACUGCAGAAGCCCAAGACCCAACUAUAUUUAAAACAUUGAAUGAUUUAAUAGUUGAAGUAACCAAUGGUUCAGUGGAGGAUGAAGAACAUUGGGUAGCAAUCUAUCAAUCUGUUAGUGCCCAAGCACAAUCUCCGCUUAACGUAGAAGCGAUUACUAAUGUAGUAGCUGCCUAUUUAAAGACGGAUGCUAUAGCCGAAGCAGAUCAGUGUAUGCACAAGAAUUUGCCCGAAAUUAAUCGUGAUACGAUAUACAGGUUGCCUAGUGACAAGCAAUAUGGUUACAAGUACCGAAAGCUUUUUGACGUUAUCCAUGAUUUCAUUAUCACUUACAAGGGUAGACCGGAGAAAGCUUGGUAUUUCUAUGUCGCCUUGAAUGAAUUUUUCUUCCUUUCACAUGAAACUAUCUUACCAGCUUUGAAAUUCUUUUGUGAUAAUGGUUUAUUAAGUUCCGCUCUUACUAUAUUGAAAACUGUUGUGGAAAGAUCGCAAAUGCACGGAAAACAUCCAAACUUGCCACCAACUCGUGAAAUGUAUAUGUAUUUACUUACUGAAUUUGGUAAUAAAUUAUACGAGCAAGGUGUUCUCGACAUUCAUGAAAUUAUCAAAAUGGAUGUUAAUCUUCUAGAACUGGACAUUGAACUUGAAAAUUGUAUCCUCAAUGCUUAUGCCAAUUUACAAGAUAUCACCAGAGCCAGACGUUUGUUCCUUUCAAUGAGUACAAAGCCAAAAGAAGCAGGUGGAAUUAACGAAGAAUCUGUGCAAAUUAUGGUCAAAGCCUAUUCAUACAAUGAUAUUCAUCAUGUUCAAGAUUUCUUUGAAGAUUUGCCUCAAUUUGGUGUGGUACCAAAUUAUGCCAUUUACAGACAAUAUUUGAUUGCUUAUGUUUAUCAUGGGUUUGCUGAGAGAGCAAUUGAAGUAGCUGAAGAAAUGCCCAAGUAUGAUUUGGAGGUAUCGGGAGAUGCGUUGAUUUGUAUGUAUAAUUAUUGUGCUUCCAAGCACGGACAGCAAUUAAUUGCUGAUUGGGCAGAAAAGAAACAUCCAAAAGAGUGGGCAAAUGUGGUCGAGUCAGGGUUAUUAAUUGAAUCAUCUGGAUAUAGGGCCGAUGAAAGUGUCAUCGCAGCAAGUUCAUCUGAUGAAAUCAAGUUGUUGAACGAGUAA